AUGAGUCAAACAGGGAACAAGAGUUCCUCAGAUGGAGAAACUAAACCCCAGACUUUAUUUGUCAACAAAUGCAUCAGGGGGUCAAAAUUCAGGUCCCCCAAAGCUGAAAACAGAAAAGAGAGCAAUGACCUUAAAACAACUGCUUUUCGACCCAGCGACGAGACACCGAAACCUAACAUGAUGAAAUCACCUGGAGAAGCAAGAGCUCGGUUCAGCAGUAAAGCCGCCAGAAAAGGCCCCGAGUCACUCCAUGGAGCUGCUUACGUGUGGUCACUUUGCACCCUCCAUGGAGUGCCAGCCCUCCCUCCUCAGCCAACCUGUAGCAGCUCUGACUCGUCUGUUUUAUAUAAUGAGAGCAACAGGCAGUGGAUCCUAUUGACUACAAAUCACAAAUUACACGUGCAAAUCUGUUUUUUCUUGUGUUCACUUCUACUUGCUUUGCUGCCUUCUCUCCCAGACUUGGAAGAACUGGAUAUUUCCUGGAAUGAUUUCAUAGGCAGAACCCUGCAUUUACUCAUGCAGCAAAUGCAUCUUGUCAGCAAGUUAAAAAUCCUGAGGCUGGGUAGAUGCAGACUUACUGCUGAUGAUGUUCGAGCACUGGGAGAAGCACUUAAAGCGCUGCCUGAACUUGAGUUGAAUUUGUCCUGGAACAGUAAAGUGGGAGGAAACUUGCCUCUGAUCCUCCGGACAUUCCGAGAAGGGAGCAAGAUACAAAUGCCUGAGCUUGUGGACUACGCCCUCACGUCAGAAGAUGGGGCGUUUGUGGGUCAGUUGCUACUUAGGCUGCAAAACCUUGAAGUACUUGAUCUUUCUAUUAACAGAAACAUCGGUGGCAGUCUCAACAGUAUUGCUCAGGGAUUAAAAAGUACCUUAACUCUGAAAGUCUUGAAGUUACAUUCAUGUGGGUUAUCACAAAAGAGUGUCAAACUACUGGAUGCUGCUUUUAGAUACUUGUGUGAGCUGAGGACGCUAGACCUUUCCUGCAACAAGGAGAUGAGUGGAGGGUUUGAAGACUCCCCGGGGCUGGCCGUGCUCGAGCAUCUGGAGGGGCUGGAUCUUCACCAGUGCUCGCUGAUGGCCGACGACACGAUGUGGCUGACCCGCUGUAUCCCUUUUCUCUCGAGUUUUCAAGAAUUGGACUUAUCUGCCAACAGAAAGAUGGGCAGCUCUUCUGAAAACCUACUUAGCAGGCUCCAAUUUUUACCAGCACUGAAGUCAUUGUUAAUCAACAACUGUGCUUUGGAAAGUGAGACUUUUACUGCCCUGGCUGAAGCCUCCGUUCACCUCCCUGCUCUGGAAAUAGUCAACCUUUCUUGGAAUAAGUGUGUUGGCAGCACCCUAAAGCUGCUCCUGGAAACGCUGAAGCUUUCAACGUCCCUUCAGGUGCUGAGGCUGAGCAGCUGUUCCCUGGCGACAGAGGACGUGGCUCUUCUGGCAUCGGUAAUCCAGACAGGUCACCUGGCCAGGCUGCGGAAGCUGGACCUGAGCUAUAAUGACAGCAUCUGUGAUGCAGAAUGGACCAUCUUCUGCCAAAACCUGUGGCUCCUCAAAGAGUUAACCAAGCUGGAUAUUAGCCUUCAGCCAUCAGCUUUUCAGGAGCGUGGACAAUGGUUUAGACACUUGUUAUGUGCCGUGACCAAACUUCCUGAGAUCACCGAGAUAGGAAUGAAGAGGUGGAUCCUCCCAGCCUCACAAGAGGAAGAACUAGAAGGCUUUGACCAAGAUCACAAAAGCAGCAUUCACUUUGACCAUGGUGGGUUUCAGGAAGCUGACUUCUCAAGGCUCAACUAA